AUGACCAAGCAACGUUUCACAUCCGAACGAGUGUCCGAUGGGUCCCAACGAAACGCGAAACCUUUGAAAAAUUUGCAGAAUACACAGGAGGCGCCGGACAAGCUCGGGAGCAACCCAAGCCUGAACUUCAUCCACACGGAGCGGCCGCAGUGGGCCACCAAGCCGCUCUCCUCGAACAACCGGCCCGCGGGCCUCGAGUACUCCAAGCCCUACUUUUCGGUGAAAACAACGUCGACGAGUCCGACGACUGCCGGCACGACGCAUCGGCCGUCGAGGCCUACGACGACGAUGACCGCGACCGCCUCCACGUCGUACUACACUGGCCAGUCGACUAGCGCAGCCGGAUCGGUGCCCCAAACGGCUCACUGGCAAGUGACGACGGAGCCGGCCUUCGUCACCCGGCACAAGCCGUCCCUGUCCUCGUCCCUGAGACCCGAGAGCAGCAACGUCUGGCCGCCCAAGCCACCCCACAAGCCCCAGUGGCCCGAGUCCCAGAGGCCGAGCUUCAAGCCCACCGAGACCCAAGAGCACAACCACGUGUACCAGAAGCCCCACUCGGCGCAUUACAUCACCACGUCGUACCUGGAGGCCCCGACGAAAGCUCGACCGACGAAAAAGUCGACGACAGCGGCUCCGGUGACCACCACCUCGACGCCGACCACUUCAACCUCGACCACCUCCUCGACGACCUCCUCGACAACGUCAACGACGACCCACCGGCCGGCACCGAGUACGGCGUCGACGACGCACGCGGUGGAAACAAGCACGGAGGCGAGGACGGGCUCGGUGCUGACGGUGCCAGCUGUGGCCGAGGGUGGUGAGCACCAGCGGGCAAUGUCCUGCGGCGUGCCGGCCCUGUUCCCCAGGAUGCCCGAGACGCGGAUCGUGGGUGGCAAGGAGGCCGCGUUCGGAAAGUGGCCGUGGCAGGUGUCGGUGCGCCGGACGUCCUUUUUCGGCUUCUCGAGCACGCACAGGUGCGGCGGUGCGGUCCUCAACGACAACUGGAUCGCCACCGCUGGUCACUGCGUCGACGACCUGUUGACGUCGCAGAUCCGGAUAAGGGUGGGCGAGUACGACUUCUCAUCGGUGCAGGAGCGUCUGCCCUACGUUGAGCGGGGCAUCACGAAAAAGGUGGUCCAUCCGAAGUACAAUUUUUUCACCUUCGAGUACGAUCUGGCCCUGGUGAGGCUCGAGUCGCCCCUUACCUUCGCGGCCCACAUAUCGCCCAUCUGUUUGCCGGCGAGCGACGAGCUGCUCAUCGGGGAGAACGCUACGGUCACCGGCUGGGGGAGGCUCAGCGAGGGUGGCACUUUGCCCUCGAUUUUGCAGGAGGUAUCCGUGCCGAUCGUGAGCAACGACAGGUGCAAAUCAAUGUUCCUCAGAGCUGGCAGGCACGAGUUUAUACCUGAAAUAUUUCUCUGCGCUGGAUUUGAAAACGGUGGCCAGGACUCGUGUCAGGGCGAUUCAGGCGGUCCACUGCAGGUACGGGGCAAGGACGGCCGUUACUUCCUCGCCGGUAUUAUCUCUUGGGGCAUCGGCUGCGCCGAAGCCAACUUACCUGGCGUGUGCACGAGAAUCUCGAAAUUCGUCCCUUGGAUCCUCAAAAACGUCACAUGA